UUAUUCAUUUGACUAAGAAAAAACACAGAAAAUAAUUUUGUGAGAGUCUUUUGUGUAUUUACAGAAGGACUGGCAUCGAAUAACAUUGAAAGGAAGAAUAAACGAGAUAUUCAGGGUAAGAAAAAUUGUAGUGGAAGAUAAAAUGAAGACUCUUAAAGAACAAUGGGAGGCAGCAGUAGAACAGUUAGUGAGCGGUUUACCAGAAAAAGCAAGGCUCAAGAAAAUUAAGAAAUUGCAGGAAAUGUAUGAAGAGUGGAAACAACUUAAAGGUUACGAGGAUAGAACAAAAAUUAGUUUGAAAGAACACGUAAUAGCACAAGAAAGUGAGGCACACAGGAAGUUUCAGAGAGAGGAUAAAAAGGAAGUGGGGUUUCUCGCUAGAAAGAAGCAUGAAAAGGAAGUGAAGAGAUUACGUGAGGAGUUUCAUUUGUGGCAUAGUAUGGCAGUAAGUUGUGUGGCUUUGGUACAGCUGGAGAAAGAGACAGAAAAGAAAGUGGAACUAAAAAAGAGUGACGUUAAAGAGAAGGAAACAAACAAAAUUCAAGAAGGGAGGGAGAUAGCAUCCAUUUAUCCAGUACUGCCACCCACUGCUCCACCUCCAUAUGCCCCACCCCACACACAGUUACCGGUACUUGAAGUACAAAAGGGUGUGUUGGACAUGGAGCAGAGGGAGGGAAAUCGCUGGAAAAUAAAAUCAGGUAAAUUAGAUUUAAUAACAGAAAAAGAGAUGGAGGAGAGAGAGAUAGCAAGAGAAACAGCUGAAUUAAUGAGAACACAUAGAGAGCAAGCUGCACAGGCAGAACAGAGGAUGGCAGCUCUGGAAAAGGAAAUAAGGGAACAAUGGAACAGUGUAGCACAGGAAAGGACAUUUCAGCCCAGAGCACAAAGCACCCCAGGAGAAACAUUGAGCAGCAGAUUUAUAACAGUGGAUGAGACUGGGAGUCAGAUAGAAAUUGAAAAUCAGGUAACAUAUCCAGUUGAAAUCAGAGGAGAAAUGAGGAUGGGUACGAGGAGAAGAGAGGAGAGCAAAUAUAAUUCCAGUAUAAAGACACCAAAGAAAGAACAGGAAAGAGAAGAACAGGAAUAUAGGGAACUAGGUCUCAUUCGAGGGAUACCAAAUAUGUGCCCACUAGUGGACACAAAUGGAAACCUAGAAUACAAACCAUGGUCAUUCACAGACAUGGGAGCUAUCCUUGCAAAGUUACCUCAUAUCACGAGUGGAGGGGGUAAAUGGAUAGGGAAGGUAAUAAGUUUGACGCAGGGCCACACAUUGGCGAUAGGAGACCUGAGGGCGUUAUUGGGCCAGGUACUGACUGUAGGACAGAUCACAGAAAUUGAGCGAGAGGCAGGAACGGUUGGGAUAUAUGAUGACCACCCAUACUGCCGAGUUGCAUCAGAAUGGGGAAAGGCCCUGCGAAAGCUGUACCCAGCGCCAGCAGGCACUCUUUAUAAUAUCAAAUUUUCUCCAAAAGGGGAAGAAACAGCAGCAGCAUACCUGAGUCGAUGCAAAGGGGAGUGGGAAGAGCACACUGGGGCUCAUCCACAUUCAGACAAAAUGCAGGAACAAAUGUUCAGGGCUGCUGUAUUGGAAGGAACUCCUAAAUCUGUACAAGAUGAAAUAAAAGCCAACCCCGAUUUACCAGGUGCUGUAUGUGAUGUUUGGGAACGACAUUUCCUUCAUCACAUGUCUAGGGCGAACGAAAAAGAAAAAGAAAAAGUAGGGGAAGUAGAGGAACUGAAAAAACAGUUGCUAAGAUUACAGUUGCAGGAAGCCAGAUCUAAAAUAAAUGAAGAAAAAGAGAAAAAGAAGGAUAAACAAAUGGUAGUUCAGGAGAUGAAAGCCCCUCCAAGAUAUACCAAAGAACAGGAAGUUGACCCAUCAAAUGUUACAUGGGAAAGAAACACCCAAAGACCAAUAUACUACUCCAAUAGAGGUAGGGGUGGGGAUUACAAUAGGGGGAGGGGAAGAGUGCAGUAUCAGGAAGGGUGUUUCCGUUGUGGUCGUCCGGGACACUUCGUCCGUGAUUGUCGGCAACCUGAACUCGGAGCCCAACAGAGACCAUCUCGGGGCAGAGGCCAUAACCCACACAUGGCCCCUAACGUGGAAAAAGCACCACGACCACACUCCCAGUACCCUUUGUCCACUGGAGGGGAAAGGGAGUGGUACUGAGACAGCCCACGGAACGACCUCAGCAGGGUUAGGGCGGAACCCUUGCUGACUUUGGAGGUGAACUCACGUCCUGUUGAAUUCCUGGUGGAUACUGGGGCAACAUACUCCACACUGAACUAUGAACUUCCAAAAAAAUCUUAUUUCAGACAAAACCACCGAUGUAAGGGGGUUUUCCGGGGCUAUAACUAGACUGCCAUUAUCCAAAGAACUCACAGUGCAGUGCAUGAAAAAACAAUCACUGACUCACUCUUUUCUGCUGUCAUAUUUCUCACCGACAAAUUUGUUGGGAAGAGACUUGCUAGUGAAACUUGGAGCUGAAAUCCUAUGCAGCCCGGAGGGGAUUAUAGUAACUAUGAAAAAUGGUAUCACCAUGAACUGUUCCAUCAUGACCACAAUGAGAACGCAUGGACAAUGGUUACUUUCUGCAAACACCUCUCCACAGGGAGCUGACAUUUACUGGGGGAGGGUGAUUCUGGGGGACACAGGGGACACCCUGAAUGAUCUGUACUGUCAAUGGGAACCUUGGAUAUUAUCAUUAGCACCAUACACUCAGCUAAUAGAUCCAUUGCAUGUCACUUUGUUUUAUGAUAGAACACAAGAGUACUGGUACCAAGAACAAUUUGAUAACAUCGCAGGAGAACAAUGGGAAAUUUGUGGGGCAGGAAUAAUGAUAGGCAAAGAGGGAGUGGCAGCUAUAGUAGAACUUACCCCCGAACAGGAACAAUGGUAUAGAAUGAGGGAAGAGGCAUCACCCCAUAUAUCAUUAUUAGUACAUCCCCAACACCAAGCUAAAGAUCUAGGACCAAUGGUAAAGAAGGGAAUAAAUUUAACAGAUUGGAGGGAAACCCAACUUCCUGGUGUAAAAUAUUCACCUAGCUCAGGGUAUUAUUUGAUCACACAAGAAACAAAAGACACCGUAGUGUUGGAACACGAAUGGCUCACAAGAUGGCAUGGUAGGGAGAAAAGUGAUCAUGAAGAUGCUGAAACAAUGUUGAAAAGUUUGCCCGAUCAAUUAUGGACACAGAGUCCCACAGAUGUAGGGUUUUGUAAAAAUUACCCAGAAAUUUCGUUCGAGCUGACAUGUGAUGAUCCAAUUUGGAGGCCUCAAUACAAGCACAAACCAAAGGCAGAGGAAGGGAUCAGAGAUACCAUUGAAGGUUUGUUAACCGCAGGGGUUUUAGAGUAUGCUGAUUCCAAUUGGAACACACCCAUUCUGCCUGUGGAAAAACAAAACACAGGAAAAUUCAGAAUGGCACAUGAUUUGAGAACAAUCAAUCAAAUCAUUAAAACUCCAACUUUACCUGUUCCAAACCCAUACACUUCUCUGAAUUAAAUCACUCAAAAUCAAUCAUGGUAUAAUUGCAUCGAUCUCACUAAUGCUUUCUUCUGUUUACCUCUUGCAGAGCACGUGAGGGACAUUGUUUGACCGUAUUCACCGCGCACUCUGUUGUAACUUAUGUUAAUUAAUCAUCAUUUACACUUUCCACUCUGAGACAAAGACGGCUGGAAAACUGUCUCACACAACCAAAUCUGGUUUUCACACAUGAGGGCAUAAACAUGGCCUCAUAUUGGACAGAAGGAGAACCCCAUGACUGUUGUAUGACCGUGGAAAGGGAAGAGAAAAUUAGACCAGAUUUGUUGACACACAUCAUUCCGGAGGGAGUUAUGGUGUUUUCAGAUGGAUGUUGUUUCAGAGAUUCGAGUGGAACACUGAGGUCAGGAAUAGGUAUUGCAGCACUGCAAGAGGAAGAGAUUGAAAUAUUGAUAGCAGAACCUUUACAGGGACAUCAGUCAGCUCAGAGAGCAGAAAUUGUGGCAAUGACAAAGGCGCUAGAGUGGGGAGAAGGAAAAAUAAUCAACCUUUUUAGUGACUCUGCCUAUGCAGUGGGUGCAGUUGUAACAGAAUUACCUAAGUGGAAAAGAUGUGGUUUUAUGGCAGCUAACAACAAACCUAUUAAACAUCAGGAAGACAUCAUAGCAUUAGCAGCAGCUAUUUUGAAACCCAAGCAGGUGGCAAUCAUAAAAUGUAAAGGUCAUGAUAACAGUAACUCAGAUGCGGCACAGGGUAACCGUAUAGCCAACAUGGCGGCAAAGCAAGGUGCAGGGUACGUCACACAAAUGGUGUUACAAGAUGCAGAACAGGAAGGUAACAAUAACAUUUUAUCUGACCCAGACAUAGCAGUAGAGCAACAUAAAGCAUCACCUGAGGAAAAGUCUAUGUGGCUUCAAAAGGGGGCGGUACGUUUGAACAACGGCUGGGUAGGACCGGACGGUAAACCAGUUAUUCCACCUAGUAUGAUAAAACCCCUUAUCACUCAGGCACACACCCCCUCACAUGUUGGAAUCAAACAAACCAUUUCCAAUCUUAACCAGUGGUGGCACCCAUACCUGGCUGCUACAGUUAAAGAAUUUAUCGCUAACUGCAGGGUAUGCUCCAUACACAAUGUACGUGCUGGAGUGAAAUGUGCCCCAGGUGUCUUCCCGCCACGGGGACCUGGUGAGGAAGUGGUUAUCGAUUACACAGACAUGGGGGACAGAGUGGAAGGUAAACGGUAUCUUUUGGUUUUCGUGGAUGUGUUUUCAGGUUGGCCAGAGGCGUGGCCCACGGGGAAGGAAGAUUCGAUUUCGGUGAUUAAGUGUUUGAUUAACCAAUAUAUUCCGCGUCACAGUUUUCCACGAAUUAUUCGCUCAGACAACGGUACACAUUUUAAGAAUACAGAUUUGCAAAAGGUUGAGAGUGCACUGGGAUUGUGCUUCCGUUUCGGUACCGUAUAACAUCCUCAAUCACAGGGAAAAGUUAAACGCAUGAAUCUUAACCGCAUGACCUCAUUUACACCAUUUGAACUUCUGAUGGUAGUUCAUUUCCUGGUCCGUUCAACCCAGUGCACCCUGAACAAAUAAAAAUCUCGAUCACAGAACAUAAUUAACCAAACUGAAUGAAAUUGUUUUAAGUUUUUCCAAACAGAAAACCAUCUCUCGUGCAUAUCCAGAUGCAGAAAUCACUCUAUUGGAGGAUUGGGUGCUCCUAAGGGAUAUGGUAAGAUUGGACCUGCAGGAACUGCAGGACCAAAAGGGGGAAUCCAACACAGGGGAACAACAACAGGUUGACAUUUCACAACAGCAGGUUGACAUUUCCCAAAAGAACACAAAACUAACACUUAAAGAACUAAAGGGGGACUUAUUCAACAGUCCAGAACAUGAAGCAUUAGCUCACUGCAUUAGCAAAGAUUGUGCAUUUGGGAAAGGAAUAGCAUUGGAAUUCAGAAAAAGAUAUGGAGUAGACAAAGUAGUUAGACAACAGAAAGUGGUGGGACAGUGUGCGGUAACACAGGAAGGGCAAAGAACAAUCUUUCACCUGAUAACAAAAGAGAAAGCCAAAGAUUUGCCAAAAUACGACACAUUGAGACAGGCAAUAAAAGAACAAAAAAACACUGUGAAGAACAAAGGGUAAAAAAGUUGGCUAUACCCAGGAUUGGGUGUGGUCUGGAUAGAUUAGAGUGGGAAAAAGUAAGGGAUUUAAUCAAAAAAGAGUUCCAAAACACUGAAAUAACCAUUACUGUGUAUGUAAGGGAAUAAUAAGUGGAAAAAAGGGGAGAUUGUGAAGUAUUUUACUAUUUUUCAAAUAUUUUAAAUUUUUAUUUUGAGAUUUUUCAAAUAUAUUUUCAGAUUUUAAAGAUUUUACAUUUGAAUAUUUUACAACUUCCAAGUAUUUUACAGUUUACUAUUUUUGGUGAUUUUUAAAGGUGUUACAUUUUACAUUUUACCAUUUUCAUGAGUUUCAAGUAUUUCACAUGUUCACAUUUGAGAAUUUCAAAGAUUUUACAUUUUUCUACAUAUUGUGAUUUUCAAGGGUUUUCCAGUUUACAAUAUUUUAUGAUUUUUAAAGGACUUACAUUUAAUAUAUAUCCUUUUGUGGGCAUCGUUGAAGAUAUUUGAUAACAUUUGGCAAUUUUCAUAUAUGCCUUUAGGAGUAUUUUUGAAGACCAUUGUUUUACAUGUUAUGGAUUAUUUUACGAGGGCAUUUUGAAGAUAUCUUACAAUAAUUUUUGAGUUCUUUUGAUAUAGAGUUGUGUUUUACAGUUUAAUUUUAACGUGUGUGUUUCAAAGUUAUUUUACAUCCAGUUUAACUAUAUUUUACAGCUCUCAUACAUAUUUUUACAUCUAUUGUAUGAUUCUUUAUUGUUGUUGGAUGUUUUCACAGUUCUGUCCCAUUAGUUGACAGUUUUCAGUAGAAGGACAAUUAACCGAUUGUCGUAGAAUAUUGGCAGGCCAAAAAGGAUUACGUAAAAAUUUAUUUGCGUACUUGCGGUAGCGGCGGUUUGAUUUAAAAAAAAUAAAUAAAAAUAAUAAUAAAAAUAAAAAAAAUAAUUAUAAAAAAAUAAUAAUAAAAAAUAAAAAUAAAAUAGGUAAAUAAAUAAAUAAAUAAAAACUUUGGAGAGCAAAAAUGAAGAAGAUAGGAAUAUUACUGGUAACCACCUUUAUAGGGAUAACCAGCGGAAUGUUGUCCAUAGAAAUAGAUCCGGAAACUAAACAAACAAUCUAUUUUGAUUUAUGUAAAGUAAUCGAGUGUGGAAACGAUGAGGCAGCAUGGCGAAGACAUGAUGUGUACGGUUGUCAGUGGCCCUCAAACGAAAAGCCAAGUGCGCCUUUCUGUCACUCGUGGAAAUUUGACGUACAUUGGUAUACUCAACCAGGUUGGGUGCCGCAAUCUCCGUUUUUCAGUAAAGCAACUAAAUCAAUUGAACGGUACAAAUUUAUAAGGAGCAUGACAUUUAGAAGAGGUGUAGGAGUAAACGGGGCAGGAAUAAAUCCGAUAGUAAUUGGGAUACCCCCGUCGAAAAAAUGGUUACCGAUGUGGAUAACAAUAGGAGUAGACCUCACAGGGAAAGACCCAAAAGGGGUACUGGAGAUAAAAGCAAAGAAAGUAAGAGUGGGGGAGAGCCUGGCUGAAAAAGUAGAGAAGCUCAAGGAUGAUAAAGAGGCGGUGGUAGCAUUCAUAGCCACAGAUGAGUUAAUAAAUGAGGAAGAGCAAUGGGCGAUGGAGACAGGUUAUCAGGAAGAGAAUAAGUGGUUGGAUUGGGCGAGGUAUACGGCCAGACAGGUAGGUGUGACAGAGUGCUUUGUUUGUGCUGGAGCAAGACCUAGGUUAGCGACCGUACCAAUACAAGAUAGAAACUGGACAUGCAUGGUAAGUUUAUUUAAUAAAGAGAUAGCAGGGUGUGAAGAGUAUGAGAGAGAAUUCCCGCCAACGGACAGGGCAAUACCACCUGGGGUACAGGUACAUAAGGGGAACUAUACUUGUUUUAGGAAUGAGGAAAACCUAGGGGUGAAUAGAGGAACGUUUGAGAAGGGAUGGUGCAAAGAUACAAUAUUAAUUACAGACACAAUCUGGGCAAGGGAAUUGGCUAAUCAAAAUAGAUACAGGGCAGACAUAUGGUGGUUAUGUGGAGACAGGAAGUUGCGGAGUAAGUUGAGAGGAUCCUGGAAAGGAGAAUGUACGUUGGUAAGAUUGAUAAUGCCGUUCACAAUUAUAAAAACCAUGGAACAGGAAAAUAAACACAGACGUAAGAGAGAUGCGCCUGGAGGAGCAUUCGACAAUAGAGUAUGGAUAGAUGGUGUAGGGGUACCAAGAGGCGUGCCGGACGAGUUUAAGGCCCGAGACCAAAUCGCGGCGGGUUUCGAGUCCAUCAUUUUCUGGUGGUCAACGUUGAACAAAAAUGUAGAUUGGAUUAAUUACUUAUACUAUAACCAACAAAGAUUCGUGAACUUUACAAUUGACGCGGUAGAAGGGAUAAAACACCAGUUGGGUAACACUUCAUUGAUGACGCUGCAAAAUAGGAUCGCGCUUGACAUGCUCCUAGCGGAACGCGGAGGUGUUUGUUCCCUUAUAGGUUCCGGAUGCUGCACGUGGAUCCCUAAUAACACCGCGCCCGACGGCUCCAUCACUAGGGCGCUAAACGGGUUAAAAUCGCUGCAAAAAGAAUUGGCGGAAAACUCCGGAAUCGAUAACCCAUUCAAUAGCUGGAUGACAAAAUGGUUUGGGCAAUACAGUGCGCUGAUCACUUCAUUAUUAAUGUCCAUCGCAGUGGCCGCGGCGAUACUUGUAACCUGCGGGUGUUGUUGUAUUCCAUGUAUCAGAUCUUUGUGUAACAGGUGUAUCGUGAAGACAGUGGAGGGAAAGGAUCCUCCACCGUAUCAGAUGCCACUGCUAGGAGGAGGAUGAACCAGUGGUUGAUCUCCUGUAAAGGAGAUCAAAAGGGGGAAUGAAGGAAAAUGAGAACAUUUCCCACAUCAGUAUAUCCUUUCAUUAUUAAUAAUUGCAUUGCUUCUAAUAUUAUAAAGCAGUUAUGAGUAUUAAUAUUUAGCAGUUUAUCACAUAGUUUUGAAAUUAGUUUUGUUUAUGAUUGGUCUUAUUUGUUGUGCAUGAUCAAAGCUUAUAUAUGAAUCCAUUGCAUUUGACUCUAAAAGGUCAUGUCUGCAGAUUUUGGAGGCUUGCAGUCUUGUGUGGUAUGUAUGUAUGUGUGUUUUUUAACUUUUGCUUUGCAGAGACACCUGGGGAGAAAAACAGGAUGUCGGGGCGACAGGGUGAACUAAAGGUCAAUGUUGUUUAUAGCAGCAUGAACUUCUAAGACAGAAGUAAAACUUUCCAUCGAACGGGCCCCCACCCAACUACACAUAUAUAUUUUUGGGGUCAGAGGGAAAGGCAGAUCAGAUCAACCGCUCCUCGGGGGACCUGUUUCUGCAUUGGUGUUGUGUAAGGACAGGGACAGUUUUGACCCAGAGCUCUGUAAUACUUCAUUUGAGAUACUUAUUAAAAUAAUUUGAUUUGA